AGAUCUGGGGAAAUCAGAGACAAGCAGUCAAGAGGGCGGAGCCAGAUGAAGGAGCGCCUGGCAGCCCUCUCUACUCACGUGACACAGCUGGAGGAAGAUCUGAACACGCCCAGAGAAGACCUCAUUAAAUCUGAGGAAAUGAACACGAAAUUGAAACGAGAUGUCCGUGAAACUGAGGCUAAAAACUGCCAGUUGCAAGAACGCCUGCAGCUGGCACAGCAGAAGCUGCAGCAGACCCUGCAGAUAGCAGAGGUGCUCCCCAAGGUGGAGGCGGAGCUAGCCCAGAGUGUGGCUGCACUCUCCAAGGCGAGGCAGAGAGAAAAUGAAUGAAGAACAUAAUAAAUGUUUAUCGGACACUGUUGACAAGCUUCUUUCAGAAUCUAACAAGAGGCUUCAGCUUCAUCUUAAA